CUAAACCCUAAGUUUGUGACUUUUGAUAAAACAUUAAGUGCUAUUUUUGUGACUUUUGACUUUGAGUGCUAGUUUGAGAACAAAAACUUGAUUUAGUGCUAUUUUUGUCUUUUUUUCAAACAAAAAACUGGAAGGGAAAAUAAUAAUAAUCAACACACGUGUGAAAUAAAUCUCGGAACAACAACGACAACAAACACCAAAACAAAACCGACAAAGAGGGAAAAAAAUUAAUCGAGUUUGCAAACGUACCGGAUAGAUGUAGGAAGCGGGAGCAGCCACAAAGGCUUGUUCAUAAGAUAAAGAGAUUAGGUUUUGUAUCGUUUCUGUAAAAGAGGAGUGGUAGUGAAUACAAAAGACACGAGUCUCAUUAAUAAAAAGUGAACAACGUCAUUUCCAAUCCAUUGUCCCUUUUUUAAGAAGAAAAUGACUGUAAUGUGACUGUCGGACCCCUAUAUUACUAAUUUUUACUAUAUUAUUUUGUUUUAAGUUUACAAAAAAAAAUAUUAUUUUGUUUUAACACUACAAAGUUCAGCUUAUGCAUGUAUGGUUGACAUCAACAUCUCUAUUACGGUCACGCUGCACGCAGCACCCAUGAUCUGAUGAUCCACCACCACAACGUAGGCACCCAACCCAAGUUUGAAUUUUAGCAUUCCCUCAAAGCUCUGUCUCUGAUAACGUGGGAGUUCAAAACAGAGUCAACAACAAGUUUCAUAUUCAACUUGCACCAUAUAUAUCUGCUUCCUCUUGCGCUUUAUUGAUUUUAUUUUGUUUAGCAAAUAACACUGACAUGAUGAUGAUACCAAAAAAAAACAAAUGUCUUUGUAUAAAUUUAAUCCACGUAGUACCUGAAAUUUAUUACUAGUCUCGAAUCAGAUACCGUAUCAGUAGAUAUUUGUAGCAAUAGACAACACUAGCCGCCGUUUGAGUCCGGCCAACGUCCGGUGGCUUUCGAGCCUCAGCGUUGUGCCUCUUAGUGGCUUUUUGUCUUUUGGUCUCAUCUCUCGUCUCGGUUUGGUCCGUUAAGCAUCGGCGGGUCGUGUGUGCGAGCUACCUGUGUUUCGUCUCGAUCCUUUAGCGGAGGUCCAGAUCCGGGGGAGUGAAGCCACGGAGGAGCCUCUAUGCUUCUCCUGCUCUUAUUUUUAGCCUCGUUUGUGUAGAUCGGUAAAACCCGCGGAAGAGCUUGAGGCGCGUGCGGGUUUACUCUCGCCGUUUUCAUAAGCAUAAAAGGUUCUCUGCGUAAUGUGUCUGGGCUUAUUCUUAUGAGAGGUCUCAGUUUAGUUGUAUCUUGACUUGUAUGGAGAUGUGUGGAAGUGUUUCUUGAUGUGAACAUUUGAUUCUAUGGUGUUGCUCUGUUUCUUUUUGAGUUAGUUUGAGAUGUCUUUCUCUCAUGUGUCCCUUUUUGUAAUAGGGCUUAGACUCCGGGGAAGCUUGUUUCCUCCGGCUCAGGUUUUCCGGUAUCCUUUCCGGCUUUGUAUCCAUCUAUGUUUCAAUCAAUGUGUUUCAAAGUGGAAAAAAAAUAAGAUAUUUGUAGUAGUAUUAUUCUGUACUACAAAAUUAUUCUUUGUUUAUUUGGUCAACCUCACUAUCGCAUCACGACAGUACCUUCGCAAUAAAAUAGGUAAAAUAGAAAAAGACUCAUGACUAAAAUGCCUAUGUGACAACCCAAAGAAAAACUAGUAAAAAAAUGGCAAACUGAAAAAAACAAAGACCAGAGCCAUGGUGUUAAAACUCCACCUGCUAGACUUCUCUUUCUCAGAUCAUUCACAAACCAGAAAACUACUCUGCACACUGUUCAUCGCUUUCAUAUACUCAGAUCCUCAGAUGAUGAUGACUGGAGCAAGCCAUGAGAUUGCACCUGAUGAGUUUCAUCAGAUUCCUCGUGUUAUCACUCCUUUUCCUGCUCCUAAACUCUCCCACUUACCUAUGUUUCAAGGUGAUCAUAAAGAAAGCUUGUAUUGGGGAACUUAUCGUCCACAGGUCUAUUUUGGAGUUCGUGCCAGAACUCCUCAGUCUCUUGUUGCUGGCUUGAUGUGGCUCGGUGAUGAGAAAGAUGAUGAUGGGAAGCAUGUGAUGAGACAUUUCUGUGAAAACUCUCAAGAUCUCAAGUCAUUUGGCUGGAGAGAACACAAUGGGGUAGAUUUUGGGAGGCAAGAGCUUCUUGAUCAAGAUAUGAUAUUGGAGACAAGUUUUGUCAAGUCUAAAGAGGGAAGCCUUGGUUAUGGAGGGGAUUGGUCUGUUCGAAUCAAUCGUAUAAACAAAGGGUUGAAUGAUGAAGUAAAGAGAACCGUACAUCUCUUCUUCUAUCUAACUGAUGAAGGUGGCAAUGUUCUAAAUUUAGGAAAAAAUGUAUUGGAUCUUAAAGAGAGUUCUGUCUUGGCUUCUGGUUCACGUGCAGACGUAGGAAACUGGCAGAUGCACUUAAAAUCAGAGGCUCAUAUUGAUGCACAUUAUUGCGGUUUCAAGACGCCUGACAUUGUCAAUCUUUCUGAUGCUGUUCAGAAAAAUCUCGCUGUACAGGAAAACAAAUCUGGAAGACUUCAGCUCUCUGACACAUCAGAGGAUUCUUCCAGCAUUUAUGUUUUUCAGAUUUCAACAACGACUCAGUCUACUAUUGAUAUUGCCUUUGUCUCUGGGAUAAGAGGAGAAAGUUCUCACGUGGAACAGCGUAUAAUGAGUCUUACAGGUUCACCACUCUCUAGUCUACUUGAAGAGAAACAUAUAGCUUUUGAUGCAAAGUUCAAGGAAUGCUUCCACCUUUCUGAAAAGCUUGAUUCUGAAACUUUGAUGGUUGGUAAAGCUGCAAUUGGGAACAUGCUUGGUGGAAUUGGUUACUUCUAUGGUCAAUCCAAAAUUAAGGCUCCCAAAAGUACUCAGGCUAAAAGUGAGGAUGAGUUCCUGCUAUAUUGGCCAGCUGAACUGUACACAGCAGUUCCAAGCCGGCCAGUAUUUCCUAGAGGAUUUUUGUGGGACGAAGGUUUUCAUCAGUUGUUGGUCUGGCGCUGGGAUUUCCGAAUAACCUUGGAGAUCCUUGGAAACUGGUUAGACUUGAUGAACAUAGAUGGAUGGAUACCGCGUGAGCAAAUCUUGGGAGAUGAAGCUCUGAGUAAGAUUCCAAAGCAGUACGUUGUUCAGAUCCCAAGUAAUGGCAAUCCACCUACACUACUUUUGGUGAUACGCGACCUGAUAAAUGGGAUAAGGGCAGAGAAAUUUAACAAGGAAGAAAGAGAUGAAAUCUUGUCAUUCCUUGACCUUGCUUUUGUUCGGCUAGAUGCAUGGUUUCAAUGGUUCAAUACCUCCCAGAAAGGGAAGGAGAUGGGAAGUUACUAUUGGCAUGGCAGAGACAGUUUAACAAAUCGGGAACUAAACCCUCAGUCUCUUUCCUCGGGUUUUGAUGAUUAUCCUCGAGCUUCACACCCAACUGAAGAUGAGAGGCAUGUAGACCUGAGGUGCUGGAUGUAUCUUGCAGCAGAUUGCAUGAACUCCAUCAUAGAGUUUCUUGGGGGAAAAGGCAGACCUGUUACGGUGGAUUACAGCUCAACUGUCAAGCUGCUGUCAGAUUUCAAUCUCCUGAAUCAGAUGCACUAUGACCAUGAUCUUGGGGCUUACCUCGACUUUGGUAACCAUACAGAAGAUGUUCGUUUAGUCUGGAAAGAGGUAACUGGAGAGGAUGGUCGUGUAUCUCGAGAGCUGGUAAGGGAGACAUUUGGGAAGCCAGAGCUAAGAUUGGUUCCUCACAUUGGUUACGUCAGCUUCUUUCCCUUCAUGUUUAGAAUCAUCCCACCUGCUUCUUCAAUCCUCGAGAAACAACUGGAUCUCAUUUCAAACAAGAGCAUUGUAUGGAGUGACUAUGGAUUACUUUCACUUGGCAAAACUAGUUCUUUGUACAUGAAGUAUAACACAGAGCACGAAGCACCAUAUUGGAGAGGUGCAAUAUGGAUGAACAUGAACUACAUGAUUCUUUCUUCCCUCCACCAUUAUUCUAUAGUUGAUGGACCGUACAUGGACAAGGCAAGAACCAUUUACGAGGAACUAAGGAGCAACCUGAUAAGGAACGUGGUUAGAAACUAUGAUCAGACUGGAUAUAUCUGGGAACAUUACGACCAAACAAAAGGAACUGGAGAAGGUGGACGUGUCUUCACCGGCUGGUCUGCUCUUAUCCUCUUAAUCAUGUCCGAAGAGUACCCUCUAUUUUAGGAAAUUUGAUUUCCAACCUUUGUAACUUUGAGCUUCAUAUCUUACCACGCAUGUUUGUGAAACAAAAUAAGGAUAUCUCUUCCAAAGACUUUAAUCAAAAUAAUUCACAUGAUUUUAUUAAUUAUAGCUCAGAUACUAUUAGGUACAUGUAGAGUAAAGCUAGCCUUGUUGUGCCUGUGCAUAACAAAGUCUAAAGCUAGCCUUGUUGAUUCAUUUCUGUAUCUUCGGACACCAUAUUUCUAUAUCUCUCAUGUCUCGCUUCAAUACGUUCCCAAGCCUUCCUAUGGCUUCUAUUAUUAGGGAUAAAUGUUCCACAACGGAUAUCAGAAGGUAUCCUUAGUAAUAUAUAAGAUGGAUGAGCCACUCCACUUAUCACCAAUUGGUUUUAGGUUGGAAACUCAUCUAGCUCAACAUGGUAUCAGAGCCCGAUCGAUGCAGUCCAAUCCGAUUCAUGAUCGAUCUAGCCUAAAUUCGGCCCAUCGAUCAUUGCCCGAACAUUCCGAGAUUGACGCUCAAAAAGCCAUCAUCUCGAGGGUGCGUAUUAGGGAUAAAUGUCUCACAUCGAUAUUAGAAGGCAUCCUUAGUAAUAUAUAAGAUGGAUGAGCCACUCCACUUAUCACCAGUUGGUUUUAGGUUGGAAAUCCAUCUAGCUCAACAUCUAUCUCCUGUUGCAAUACUGUUUACGAAGUCCCAAACAGUUCAUAGUUCUAUAAAUGUGUUGAAAAGGCCUCCCUCGUCCCAUUCUUCAUCAUAAGAUGAGGAAUGGCUCGAACAUAUAUGUCUGGCGCAGCUAACAAGACAGCGAUUUCUUAUAGUGAAAUUGAAGGUGGUAUCUUUUAGCUCACGGAUCAUAUAUGUUGGGAGACGGGAAACAGGAGCAGCAGUGGGAAACAGAGGGGUCGAGUUAUCGUUUAGUGAGAUGUUGAAGAAGAGUAGUAGCAACAUGAAGAAAGUGGCAGCAGCAGAGUCAUCUUCUGAUCCAAGCGAGGGAAACAAAGGCGGUGGGAAGAAGAAAGGGAAGAAAGGGAGGCAGCUUGAUCCAGCUCUUCUUGGUUUCAAAGUCACUGGCAAUCGCAUUAUGGGCGAGAUUCACUGCGCUAUUGACUUUUAAAGACUCUUUUCUUCUUUUGUACAAAACCUUUGCAUGUAUAAAAGAUAAAAGAGCUUCUUUGGCGUGUAUAGAUAGAUCUUUUUCAGACACAUUUCUUCCAUCCUACAUUAGAAGUUGAGAACACAGGAAAUAGACAAUAAAUUGUUUAAAAAAAAAUUAUCUGUUAGUUAUGUCUUAUUUUAUCUGUCAAGUCCAAUAACCAACCAUUGGCACUGGCACUAGGAAUUCGAAGCUUGGCAAAAUUUACAUCACGAAAGACUUGGUUAACACCAUUAUAGGACUUAUGCUCCUUCACAAGAUCACACGCUGGGUCGUGGUGGUCCGACCAGGUCUGAGAAGUUGAAACAGGUGAACAAUGUUUGGUUAGAUGUAGAAAUUGCUAGUCAAAAUGUUGACCUAGAGUAGUUUCAGCUACAAGACAUCUUGAAAUGUUUUUGACAUGGAGCAUGAUAUUAGCAAAAGCAAUGUGUUCCAUUUUAAAUAGAUUAGCUUUUUUUCCAGAAAUGCAAAACAAAACAGAGUUAUAGUUAAUAAUAAAAUCUAUUUCUUAUUAAAAGUGUGUUGAUAAAUCAUUACCUUUUUACCUAAUGCAGAACGAAACAGGGUUUGUUUAGUUAAGUGCAAAAAGUAGGCAAGGGCAUUUUAACCUGCAUCCGAAUAUCCGAACCGAAACCGACCCAAAAAUAUUCGAUCCGGAACCGGACCAAAAAUUUACAAGUAUUUUUUGAGUCUAAAUUUUUUUUACCCGAAAUAACCGGAACCGAAAAGGAACCGACCCGAAUAGAUCCGGACCCGAAAUGAACCGACCCGAAUAGAUCCGA